GGAAUACUAAAAAAAGAAAAGAUUUUUUUUUAGAAAAAAAAAAAACCGAAAAGAAAAAAUAACUAGAGUGAAGUGACAUCGGAACUUGAGCGUCUCCGCAGUUGCCACCACCACAGCCACCGCCUCCCAUCACCGAAUUUCAAUUUCUGUGCAGCAGCAAAAUGAGCACGAAUGAUCCUCAAUCCAUGGAAAAAGCGUAUGAUCAUAGAUUCCAGCGAACUGAUCAGUGGAUGCCGGUUUACUCAUGGCUGGAAUCGCUCGACACAGAUGAGUUGAUUAAGUCCAAAGACGUCGUCGAUUGGCUCACGGCGAACCCUGAAAUCAGAGAUGACUUGUACGCUAGGCAUUCGCGCUACCAUUUGAUGCACUACAUUAAGAAAUGCCAUGUCAAAAUCCUGAAGCGCAAGGAAAAACAGGGACUUAUUAUUGCUAAACUACCUCCUUCAAACGUUGAUCAGAAUUCUGAAUUCAAAGCUCCUUCUUCACCGCAUUUUACAGGAAAUAACUUAAGCAAUAUUCCUAAAGACAGCGAGCUGUAUAAAGCGAAACGCAGUGAGGCUCUCCGCAAGUAUGAGAUUUUAAUUGAGCUGGAGAAACAACUGAUACCACUCUUUGGUAAACAUGAAAACCAGUAAGCAUCUCACAACUUAUCUUGCUAAUGAUGAACACUCAUCUGUCUACCUGCUGCAGAACCUAUGCUGGUUUGCUGUUUGGUGUUAAUUUGUAGUUUAGAUUUUCAACAACUCUGAUGUAGUUAGUGUAUGAUCACACAUUCGCUCUGUGUAUAGGCUUGUAUCUGUAAGCAGUGGCUGUUGCUAUCAAGAAUCAAGCCAUAGUUAAGGCCUUGACAUUUUAUCUUUUUUCCUUUUUUAGUGAUGUUUAUUGUAGUAGUCAUUUAUAAGGUGUGGUGUCGGCUCUUCAUUAAGGCAUUGAUUGUUUAUUAUUGCUUUACUGAAAGAUUUGAAUGGAUUUUAUCA